UGGAGCGCAGCGCAGCUCAGUAAUUGGCUGCAGGCGACACCCAUGUGUCACUGAUCAGGAGGCAUUUCCUGCGGCAGAGAGCUUCAUGACCCAGCGACGCGGGGCCCAGUGAAGCCACCGUGGGGUCCAGCAUGGCCACGCUGCUCCUGGGCGCAGUGCUGCUGGUGGCGCAGCUCCAGCUAGCGCCUUCCCGCCCUGGAGCACCUCGGGCAGAGCCGGGCCAGCAGGAGCUCGUGGGGAAAGCAGCCGCCCCGCAGGACCAGGCCCUGGACGGCGCGCCGGCCCCCAACGGCUCGGCCAGGCAGCUGCCGCAGACCAUCAUCAUCGGCGUGCGCAAGGGCGGCACCCGCGCCCUGCUGGAGAUGCUCAGCCUGCACCCCGAUGUGGCGGCCGCGGAGAACGAGGUGCACUUCUUCGACUGGGAGGAACACUACAGCCAAGGCCUGGGCUGGUACCUCAGCCAGAUGCCCCUCUCCGCCCCACACCAGCUCACCGUGGAGAAGACCCCCGCGUACUUCACGUCCCCCAAAGUGCCUGAGCGCGUCCACAGCAUGAACCCCGCCAUCCGGCUGCUGCUCAUCCUGCGGGACCCGUCGGAGCGCGUGCUGUCCGACUACACGCAAGUGCUGUACAACCACGUGCAGAAGCGCAAGCCCUACCCGUCCAUCGAGGAGUUCCUGGUGCGGGGCGGCCGCCUCAACGUGGACUACAAGGCGCUCAACCGCAGCCUCUACCACGUGCACCUGCGCAACUGGCUGCGCUUCUUCCCGCGGCGCCGCCUGCACAUCGUGGACGGCGACCGCCUCAUCAGGGACCCCUUCCCCGAGAUCCAGGAGGUCGAGAGGUUUCUGAAGCUGGCGCCGCGGAUCAACGCCUCGAACUUCUACUUUAACAAAACCAAGGGCUUUUACUGCCUGCGGGACGGCGGCCGGGACCGCUGCUUACACGAGUCCAAAGGCCGGGCGCACCCCCAGGUGGACCCCAAGCUCCUCAGUAAACUGCACGAAUAUUUCCACGAGCCAAAUAAGAAAUUCUUUGAGCUCGUGGGCAGAACAUUUGACUGGCACUGAUUGGCAGGCAAUAAGCUAGGCUCGGAACCUUUCCUACUGUAAGUUCGGGGUGUGCACCCCCGGGGGGGGGAAGAGUUUUAAAAAAGGCGUUUAAGCUAUAAUUUAUUUGUAAAAUCCAUAAAUUACUUCUGUACAGUAUUAGAUUCACAAUUGCCAUAUAUACUAGUUAUAUUUUUCUACUUGUUAAAGCGAGGGCAUUUUGUAUUGUAUUUCAUGGUGGUUAACAUUGUGUAAUACGUCUCUAUAUGAAGGAACUAAAAUAUUUCACUGCAGAAAAGAAAAGAAAAACAUUCUGGAGAUGCUGUCUUCUUUGAAUAUAAUUAACUUGCCCCUGACUCAAAAUAGCUGUCUAUGUUGCACUCGUUGGAGAACCCGUAACCCUUUGUUACUUCAGAAAAAAAAGGUUUUGCUGGCUACUGCGUUCGCCUUUCCUCCUCUCUUUCCUUCAUUGCUCUUUUUAAUUUUUAGCGUCUCGCUGUGUUCAUCGUGUUUGUUUCUUUACUUGCCCUGGAAGGUUUAUGUUCCCUGACGCCCCCCGCUAGUCUUGGAGGAGGCAGUUUCCCCCGCUCCGGCUCCAGCGGGAACCCGAGGGGGGAUGUUAACCCCGUGGAAACGCAAGGUGGACAAAGCGAUGCUCAGACGGGAGACACGGUUAACGCCCAGCAAGAAGCCCCCCGUGGUGCGCCUGUGAUCCAGAGAGUGCUCGCAUUUACUCCCCAUCCCAGCAAAGGGCAAAACCCACAGUAGAGGGGUUUCAAGCAAUGACCUUCAGAACGACCUUGGGACUGUGUGCUGCCCCAGGUGGCAGUGGGCCUUGGCAGAGCCGCUUAGAAUAGAAAAGAGGGAUUGUGAAAUCUGCGUGUCCCUGUCUUGUAGAUUCUGGAAAAAAAGCUGACUAAAGGGAAAGCCUUUUGCUUA